AUGUCCAAGUYCCCCUUAAAAAAAAGCCAAAAUAAAGGGUUUCCCGUAUUCGACCGUCUUAGAAUUGAAAACUCUGAUUUUACAGACUUAAUCAAAAUUAUUGAUUGUAAUCUUGAAGAUUCGUCUAUGGGUUUGACAACAGCUGAUCGCGAUUGGAUAGUUGAAAAUGUAAACUUUGUUUUUCAUUGCGCGGCUACGAUCAAAUUUAAUGAAACCCUUGAAUUAGCAUCAAAAAUAAACAUACAAGGGACUGAACAACUCUUGUCCUUAGCAACGCAAAUGAAGAACCUUAAGGGGUUUGUGCAUGUAUCGACCGCAUAUUCGCAUUGUCCCAGAGAUGAAAUCAAAGAACAAUACUAUCCCGUUCCGAUUACAUUCAAGAAGCUAAAUAAUAUGUUUGGUUUCAACGAUUCUAUACCGAGAAUUUUAGAAGAUUGGCCAAAUACGUAUUGUUUUACAAAAGCUAUUGCAGAAAAUUUGGUUUUAAUAAAUGGCAUUCACUUACCAAUGUCAGUGUUYCGCCCAUCAAUUAUUAAUGGCUUAAUGGUCACUUUUACUGAUAUCCGAUAUAAAGAUAGUUCUAUAGAUAACACUUUAUUUAGGCUGCAUGUCUAUCACUCUCUGGUCAGCAUGAUCGUCCUGUUUUCGGUGUGA